GCAAAAUUUAAACUUGAGCUAAUAGCUGAUCCUCCGUUUAAAUCGAAUAAAUAGCUAAUCUUCCGAGUAUUUUGAUCUCGUAGAAACCUGCAUGUGCCAUACGCUUCCAAAGAAAACAUGGCGGAACAGGAAGAGGUUCUGGCGGAACUGGAGGCAUUAGAAGCCGUCUAUGGAGACGAUUGUACAAUUCUCUGCAAGUAUCCUCCAAUUUUUCAUCUUCGUAUAAAGCCUCGAACCGCUGAUGUCACCUCUCAACAGUUUGUAGAAGCAAUUAUAAGCAUCCAGGCAGGUCCUCAGUAUCCUAAUGAACCGCCAUGUAUAAGUAUAGUUGACUCCAAGGGCCUUGAUGAUCAAAGGCAAAAUAAUUUGACAAGUUGGAUAACAGAAAAGGCUCAUGAACUGUCCUCAUGUCUAAUGCUUGUAUCACUAUGCGAGGAAGCAGUGGAAAGGCUUUCUAGCAUUAAUCACCCUGAUGGAAAUUGUCCAUUAUGUUUGUAUCCAUUGGUUGAUGAAGAGAAAGGGAAUAGUGUUUUUCCAUUCAUGAAGUUGAUGUCAUGUUUUCACUGCUUUCAUUGUGAGUGCAUUUUAAGAUGGUAUAAUUGGCUCCAACAUUUGAAAGAAACAGAUGUUACUCACUCCGUGGGCUCAACUGCAUCCCCUAGCAAGGCAGAGGUUCAGCAAGCAGAAAGUAAGGGCAACUGCCCGGUUUGCCGUAAAGUUUUCCUUGCGAAGGAUAUAGAACAUGUCCACGGCAUGGUAGGAAUGCAAACACAUUGGAUUUCCGAUGGAGUUGGAAUGAACGAUCAAGACAUGAUUCUUCAUUGUGAUUUUGAGAAAAUCAGAAGGAAUAGAUUUGAUGCUAUAUUGAAAAUCCAAGAACAGAAGGGUGGGUUAAUAGAAGCUGAAACACGUGAAGUUGUACGUCCACCUGGUGUUUACCUUCUUCAGCGAUCGACAGUGGAUGAUGUCAAAGAACCAGAUGAUCAACAACAUGAAAAAGAAGACCCCCCUGGAAAUUCUCAAACAACUUCAUCAUCAAACGGCCAUGCUGCAAAAAAGAACUUCACUAGGAGACAUAAACCAAGAAAGCAAGUUAGGCAGUGGGUCAAGAAAUAAAACAUUACCACCAAGUUAGCACAUUUGAAUCUCUUUAAAUUAGCUAUUUAACUCGCAUCUUUUUCUUUCAUCAUAUGUGAUGUGUGAAUCGUUCACAUCGAGUCUGCUGAAGGAAAUCAUAUUUCCUACUUUGCCAUCUUAAAUUUACUAGUCUGUUAUCUUUUUUUUUUACGUGACACCAAUAAUAUUGGAAAUAAUUACUAAAAUGAUUCCUUAGACUUUUCAAUGGAUAAAAAUGAGACGAUGGCCCUUGCGUUGUAUGGUUAUGUUAAAAGAACAGACAUAAUUCUUAUUUUCAAAAGAAUUUGGAAUUGGCUAA